AUGACGAAGAGGACAAAGAAGGCGGGUAUUGUUGGGAAAUAUGGAACCCGUUAUGGUGCUAGUCUGCGUAAGCAGAUUAAGAAGAUGGAAGUCAGUCAACACAGCAAGUAUUUCUGUGAAUUUUGCGGCAAGUAUGCUGUGAAAAGAAAGGCUGUUGGAAUUUGGGGAUGCAAGGACUGCGGAAAAGUGAAGGCGGGCGGUGCCUAUACCUUGAACACUGCUAGUGCAGUGACGGUUAGGAGCACAAUCAGAAGGCUGAGGGAGCAAACUGAGAGUUGA